AUGGUGCUUGCAUUUGGUGAUACUCCUGCUUGCCCAGGAAUCAACAUUUCAUUGCCUUGUUACCACAUCAUUUCCAUCAGAUUCAUCAACAAUAUGGAACUCAGAAAUGAAACAAGCAUUCUAGAAUUUCUUCUCAUGGAAGUGACAGAGAAUCCAGAACUGCAGUCCCUCAUCUUCAGCCUGUUCCUGUCCAUGUAUCUGGUCACCAUCUUGGGAAAUCUGCUCAUUGUCUUGGCUGUUAGCUUGGACUCCCACCUCCACACCCCCAUGUACUUCUUCCUCUCCAACCUGUCUUUUGUUGACAUCUGUCUCACCUCCACUACCAUCCCAAAGAUGCUUGUGAACAUCGAGACACAGAGCAAAUCUAUUAGUUACACAGGCUGCCUCACCCAAAUCUGCUUUGUCUUGGUUUUUGCAAGUUUGGACAGUUGUAUUCUUUCAGUAAUGGCCUAUGAUCGCUAUGUGGCCAUUUGUCAUCCACUGAGGUACAAUGUCAUUAUGAACUUCCAUCUCUGUGGCCUUUUGGUUCUUCUUUCCCUGUUUAUUAGCAUCAUGGAUGCCCUGGCGCACAGUCUGGUGGUGUUGCAGCUGACCUUCUGUGCAGACCUUGAAAUCCCUCUCUUCUGUGAAGUUGUUCAGGUCAUCAAGCUCGCCUGUUCUGACACCCUCAUCAAUAACAUCCUGAUAUAUUUUGCAACUAGUAUAUUUGGUGGUAUCCUUCUGUGUGGAAUCAUUUUCUCUUAUACUCAGAUAGUGUCCUCUGUUUUGAGGAUGCUACCAGCAGGUGGAAAGUAUAAAGUACGUGUGGGUCUCACCUCUCAGUUGUCUUUGUUCUAUGGGACAGGUUUUGGAGUCUACAUUAGUUCUGCCCUUGCUGACUCUUCCAGAAAUGCUGCAAUGCUUUCAAUGAUGUACACUGUUGUCCCUCAAAUGAUGAACCCUUUCAUCUACAACCUGAGGAACAGGGCAUGA